AAGCACCAGCUAUAGUUAGUGAAGAAAAAAAAGGCCAAGUGGGUAAGAGAAAUUUUGUUUGGUCAUCGAGCAAAAACAAAACUAAGUUCUUCUUCUUCUGAAAAACAAUGGUGACUGUCAAUGAAGUCCGCAAGGCUCAGCGUGCCCAGGGCACUGCCACUGUCUUGGCCAUUGGCACCGCCAACCCUACCAACGUGGUCGACCAAAGCACCUACCCGGACUUCUUUUUCAGGGUCACUAAUAGUGAGCACAAGACUGAGCUCAAGGAGAAAUUUGAGAGCAUAUGUGAGGCAUCAGGGAUCAAGAAGCGUCACAUGCACUUGACAGAAGAUAUAAUUAAGGAGAAUCCUAAUAUUGGUGAACACAUGGCGAUUUCAAUGAAUGCUAGGCAAGAUAUUAUGGUGGAAGAGACACCAAAGCUGGCUAAAGAAGCAGUCCUCAGAGCCAUCAAGGAAUGGGGGCAGCCCAUGUCCAAGAUCACUCACAUGGUGUGCAGCACCUGCAGCGGUAUAGAAAUACCCGGACUUGAUUAUAUGCUUAUCAAGCUAUUGGGUCUCUACACAUCAGUCAAUCGCGUCAUGAUGUAUAAUACAGGAGGCUAUGGUGGUAACGCUGUGCUUCGCGUGGCCAAAGACCUGGCAGAGAACAACAAGGGAGCUCGUGUUCUUGUUGUCUGCUCAGAGCUCAGCAUGGGGUCAUUCCAUGGCCCCAGCGAAACACAUCUGGACAACCUUUUGGGUCAAGCAGUCUUUGGCGAUGGUGCGGCAGUUGCUAUUGUUGGUGCGGAUCCAAUACCCGGAGUCGAGAAACCCUUGUUCAAAUUGGUAUCGACAAUCCAAACUAUCUUGCCAGAUAGUGACAGAGCUCUUCUGGGACAGAUCACAGAAGCAGGGCUUGUAUUCCACCAUAACAAGGAUGUCCCUAAGAUAUUCUCCAACUAUAUUGAGAAGAGCUUAGUGGAGGCAUUCCAGCCUUUAGGUAUCAAAGAUUGGAACUCCAUUUUCUGGGUGGCACACCCAGAUAGUCGAGUUAUGUUGGACCAAGUGGAGACCAAGUUGGAUCUGAAGCCGGAAAAACUCCUUGCUUCAAGGCAAAUUUUGGCCGAGUAUGGCAACAUGUCAAGUGCAUCUGUGCUAUUCAUCAUGGAUGUGAUGAGGAAAAAGUCAGCUGAAAAUGGGCUCAAGACUACCGGCGAAGGACUGGAGUGGGGUGUUCUUAUGGGGUUUGGAGCUGGGCUCACACUUGAGACAGUAGUCCUCCACAGUGCCGCUAUUUAGAAAGCAUAUCUCUCCUCGGCCGUUAGGUUUUAUCCCACCUUAAUAAACUCUCAAGUACAUUUGGUACUGUAGUAAUCCCUCUGUUUUUUUUUUUUUUCCCCUAAUAAGCAUGGUUGUAUAACCAGUUCUUCAUAUGUUGUCCUUUCUGCUUGAUCUGUGUAUCAGAUUGGAGUCUUGUGUGUUGGCAUUGGGUUUGUGACGAUUUCUUAUGCGUAAUUAAUGAAAUAUACAUGUUUCC